AUGCAGAAGAGAGGUUUAGCCCCGCAGGGGUUGGGGGAUAAAAUCCAAGAUACACGGAACUACUGUGAGUUCCAUCAUAAGAAAGAUCACGAGAUCCAGAAUUGUAUUGAGUUCAGAGCUCUAGUACAGGGUCUAAUGGAUAAUAAGAAAUUGGAGUUCCUUGAGUCUGUUGAAGAGGAAGAUGUAUGCUCUCUAGGAGGAGAGUCAAGUAAAGAAGGCUGCAGAGCCAGCCGUCUAGUGAUAAUUAUUUCGAAGCCCAGAAUUAGUGAAGUAGAAGCAAAAGUUACACCAAGAGUUAUAAUCCGGAAGCCAACAGCUUCCCUUUAUAAAGAUAACCAUAGGGUGCCUUGGAAUUAUAAUUGUAGUAUAGCAGUUUCAGAGAAGAAAUGUUCAAUUAACACGUCAAACGCAGAAGCCGAACCAGCAAAAGGGAAACCCAUCAUGCUCAAGCAAGAAGUAGAGAGAUCAGAACCACUAGUUAAUGAGCCAGUAAUGGAAAAUGAAGCCAAGAAGUUCUUGAAGUUCCUAAAGCACAGCGAGUAUAGUGUUGUGGAACAACUACACCAACAACCGGAUCGCAUAUUUGUAUUGGCUCUGCUGUUAAAUUCAGAGGUCCACCGCAACGCAUUGACGAAAGUGUUGAACAAAACCUAUGUUGCAGAUGACCUUUCGGUUAACAAAUUGGAUCGUAUCGUCGGCAACAUAAGUGCUGACAAUUUCAUCUCCUUCAGCGAUGAUGAGAUACCGCCAGGGGGUAGGGGGUCUACUAAGGCUCUACAUGUCACUACACGUUGCAAGGGGUAUACGCUACCCGGAGUACUAGUUGAUAAUGGGUCCGCAUUGAACGUAUUGCCUUGGGCUACGUUAAACCGUUUACCUAUAGACAGUUCUCAUAUGAAGACGUGUCAAAACAUAGUAAGAGCAUUUGAUGGCACAGAAAGGAAAGUAAUGGGAAAGAUAGAGGUACCUCUUCAGAUUGGCCGAAACACGUACAAGGUCGAUUUCUUCGUAAUGGAUAUUAAGCCUUCCUAUAACUGUCUAUUAGGAAGACCUUGGAUUCAUUCAGUUGGGGCAGUGCCAUCCUCACUGCACCAGAAGCUAAAGAUGUCAGUUACCAGUGAUGCACCCUACGUAGAGAAUGACAACGAAGCAGUUGAAUGUUCAUUUCGAGCGUUAGAGUUUGUAAACGCAACGUUUAUAGCUGAAGGAAGCAGGAUUCUGAUACCUAAGAUAUCAGGGGCUACGAAAAUAAGCCUGCAACUGACAGUUGGGAAAGGGGCGUUACCUGGCAGAGGACUCGGGAGGCACCUCCGUGGACAAGUUAGAGUGCCAGUCUUGGUUGGCAAGUGGGAUAGCUUCGGUUUGGGAUUCAGGCCAGAUGCAAGCCAAGUGAAGAAGGAGUUUGAAAGGAAACAAGAACAGCGGAGAGGGAGAUUGAGUGGAACAGAAGUUAGGUGGGAACCGAUGAACUUCCCCCACAUUACCCAAACAUUUGUAUCUGGAGGGUUUAUUCAUUCCAUACAACAUAAGGUGAAAGAAAGAAUGGCUGAAGAUGCGAUGGGAAUUUGGAGCAUCAACGCCACAUUUGAAGAGGAAGCAAUAGAAAGGAAUUUAUCAGACAUUUGCCCGUAUGAGCCUGGGAGUGUUUUGGAUAAUUGGACUGAGGAAGAAAUUCCUGUAGUCUUUAGAGCUAACGUAGAGCUUCAGGAUGUCAACGUCACGAGUAAUGCUGAUGCGAGUCCGGAGUCUCAUUUUGAGCGAGACAUUUGCUUUGAGGGAUUUCAGGAUUUUGAAAAGGACGAGGAUUGUGGUUUAUCUCCCUAUUUGUUAAGGAUGGUGGAGCGAAAAGAGGAACAGAUCCUGCCACACAAAGAGACUACUGCGAUUGUGGCCCUGGAAGAGGGGAAGUUAAAUUUGGAUAUGCCUGGUCUAAGUACUGAUAUCGCAGUGUAUCGUGUCCCUACAAAAAAGGAGUACAAGCCAGUUCAGCAGAAGCUCCGAAAGAUGAGACCCGAUGUAGCAAUGAAAAUAAAGGAAGAAGUCAAUAAGCAAUUUAAUGCCGGAUUCCUACAGGUGGUCAAUUAUUCAAAAUGGGUGGCCAACGCCGUCCCUGUCCUUAAGAAAGAUGGGAAAGUGGGGAUAUGUGUAGAUUACAGAGAUUUAAACAAGGUCAGUCCAAAGGAUAACUUUCCAUUGCCUCACAUAGACACUCUAGUGGAUAAUACGGUAGGCUAUUCACUAUUCUCCUUCAUGGAUGAGUUUUUCGGGUACAAUCAGAUUAAGAUGCAUCCUGAGGACAUGGAAAAAACCACAUUCAUAACUUUAUGGGGAAUGUUUUGCUACAAGGUGAUGUCUUUCGGGUUGAAAAAUGAGGGUGCCACAUACCAAAGACCCAUGGUAAGCUUGUUCCAUGACAUGAUGCACAAGAAAAUUGAGGUCUACGUUGACGAUAUGAUUGCAAAAUCCCGAACCGAAGAGGAGCAUGUGCGAGUGUUGAGAAAAUUGUUCUUGAGGUUGAGAAAAUUCCAAUUAAAGCUCAAUUCGUCAAAAUGCACCUUCAGAGCUAGAUUCGGAAAGUUACUCGGCUUCGUAGUCAAUGAGAAGGGAAUAGAAGUCAACCCUGAUAAAGUCAAGGCUAUAAAGGAGCUGCCUCCGCCACGAACUCAGAAAGAAGUCUGA